GGAAGCGCGUCCUCCACCUGAGAGCAGCCGCGUCUCUAUGGAAACGACCCGCCUCCUAGCGAGCGACUAAGGGCAGGAUGGCUGCUGGGGAGCCGGGUGUUUUAGGCGGUUACUACUUCAGGUUCCUGCCUCAGAAAACCUUCCCAUCUCUAAGCGGCCCGGAGACCACCAGCCGGCUCCGCCAGUGGUCCAUGCUGGGCAGAAUCAAGGCGCAGGCGUUUGGGUUUGACCAGACCUUUCGGGCCUAUCGGAAGGAUGAUUUCGUUAUGGCUUUUUUCAAAGACCCAAAUGUUAUUUCAAAUUUACAUUUACUUUCAGAUUCUUCUGGACAGUGGAUGACAUUAGAAACUGAAGUGAAAAAAGUUGAAGCUACAAAUGUUCCUUGCACACAGCUUUCAAUGUCAUUUUUCAAUCGGUUAUAUGAUGAAGAUAUUGUACGAGAUACUGGACAUAUUGUUAAGUGUUUAGACUCUUUUUGUGAUCCAUUUCUCAUUUCCGAUGAGUUACGAAAAGUUUUAUUGAUGGAAGAUUCAGAAAAAUAUGAAGUAUUCAGCAAACCAGACAGAGAGGAGUUCCUGUUUUGUCUUUUUAAACAUCUUUGCCUUGGUGGAUCCCUUUGUCAAUAUGAAGAUGUGCUUAAACCAUAUCUGGAAACCGCAAAGCUUAUCUAUAAGGAUCUGGUCAGUGUUCGAAAACAUCCUCAAACCAAGAAAAUACAAAUUACUUCUUCUGUCUUUAAAGUCACAGCCUAUGAUUCUACGGGUGUGUGCUACCCUUCAACAACGAAUCAUGAACAGACAUUUUCUUACUUUAUUGUGGAUCCUAUCAAGCGACAUGUUAAUGUUUUAUACCAUUGUUUUGGUGUGGGGGAAAUGUCUUAAUGUUCUUUCAGAUUAUCUAUAUCUAUUAUUUUUAAAUUUGUUUUUCUAUUUUAAUAUUAAUUUAUGGGUAGUUAUUUACUUUGUAGAUCAAUUCAAGUAAAAUGUAAAGAGCAUGCUUAGAACACAGGAAAGGAAACACCAAGAUGCCUUUCUCAAAAUUUGUCUGGCUAACAAAUUUCUACUCAUAUAAGAAUCCCUACUAUAAUCUACACAAAACAUUAUGGAAUUUUU